AUGCACUUCUGUUUCUUCCAGACCUGCCAGUGUCACAAGUGUGCCUUCUUCUCGAAACACGGCAAGGCCUUGCCUGUGGAGAGUGCCUUGAAGAGGGAGCGGGGGGCCUGCCUAGGGAGGCGCCUGACUGGAGCACUGGUAAAGAGUGGGGCCGCACCUCCCAAGAAUCGCAAACCUGUCAAGAAGUUGGCUGUUGAAGCAGGAGUCUUCGCAGCCUUGAUGAAGCAACGAACAAUUUCUCCUUCCAAGGAUUUGCACAGGACCCCUGUCCUGUCCAGCAUGUGCUCAACUCCAAUCCUCCAGCCCUACGCCACUCUUGACCAUCUUCUGCUGCAGCCGCAGGCUCCCGCAGCUUCUGACCAGGCUUUGGUUUCUGUCACCUCAGAGUGGCAGCAGAUGCUGGAGGCGGCCGAGGCUCUGCUGACUCUGAAACAAUCUGCCCAGGCCCCUUCAGGCUCCAUGUCCUCACUCCAGCUCUGCGUCGCAUCAGCUCCUGCCGGAGAUAGAGGUUUCCAGCCUGCUCGCCCCUCUCUCUAACCCAGGCCGGCUAGCCCUGUUUCUCAGCCUCUUGGACAUGCAGCAUACAUCUCCCUCUUGAGCUAG